AUGGCGCUGCUCUUCAGUAUCCGCUCUUGUAUUUCAGCUGGUUGGACAGAGCUGUGGAACCAGGCCCAACGUAAGAGACAUCGUGCACUUUGCCGCCGUCUCGGCAACUGGGGGCACUUCACGGUCGCGUCGGCGCACAUUGAGUUGUGCGGCGAUGCUUUGGAUGAUCGGCUGGUGUAUUGGAGUGGCGGUGUGGGAUUCCUUCGGUGGUUCGCGAUAUCUUGGAUGUUCUUCGCGGAUUUCGGCGUUGCCCAGCAUUCGAUCCGGACUGCUUCACUCAUCUUCAUGCUCGGCCUUAUCCCGUUGCGGAGCCGGCUCUUCCAGAGGUGGCUGUAG